AUGGUUGCAGCCGUUUGGGAAUGUAGUCCUGAAUCUGAGAAAUUAGUACAUCAUAUUCUCCAGGAUAUGUACAAAACCAAGAAGACAGUGACUUGGGUUAUUCUAUGAAUGUUACCCAUCUCAGGCACAUGCAAGGCUUUCUUAGAAGAUAGGAAAAAAUAUGGAGAAACAUUUUUGGAACCCUGGUUUAAAGCUCCAAACAAAGGGACAUUUCGGAUUGUUUACAAAUCUUGAAAAAACAGUCACUUGAAUACAGAAGUUAUCAAAUACUUGGCAGGAAUAGUAGACAGCCUCAGUUUGGAAAAUAGAGUGGAUUUUAGCAAUCCACAGUACACAGUGGUAGUAGAAAUCAUUAAAGCUGCCUGUUGCCUGACUGUUGUGAAAGAUGAUAUGUUCAGAAAAUAUAGUCUCCGGGAGGUGGUGAAGAAUGCUAAGGACCCAUCACAGCUUAAUCCAAAGGAGGCAGCACAAGCAGGAAAUGAAGAAUCUAAAUUGGAAUCUGGUGACAAAUCUAGUCAAAAUGACCCAGCUGAAGGGUCGAAUAACCAGCAGGUGGUACCAGAGGAUGGUGAGGAGCUGGAGCAGACAGAACUAUCUGAGACUAAGGUGGUGAAUGAGGGAGGAGCUAAACCUGAAUUUGCAAGUCAGGUCACAGAAGGAUGUGAGUCAAAUGAAAAUGGCCUCUCAGAGGAAAAAAGUCGAUCAAUGUUGGAGGUGAGUUUCUCCACUGGGGUUCUGUGGGAUGUUUCUGGAAUUCCAUAUAAAACUGUGACUGAAAAUACAGUUUUUGAAUUGUGUGUGCUGCAUAAUACUGUGCUCACAGUGGUGAACAAUGAUUGA